AUGCGCCAACGGCUUAUAGGACUCUAUUAUGGCGAUUGGUUGAUACACUCGCUCUUAUUCCAGUGCUGGAAUUUCGUGAAUGCUCUCACCCGCAUCAAACCCAAUCUAUGCUGUGGAGUGGACCGUGCAGACUACCAGCCGAUUCUCGAGUUCCAAAAAGCUCAUCGGUACCAGCGCGUCUGUCUAAUUCGAAUCAUAAUCAUCGACGUUCUCGAAUACCAUUGCCAAAAAGGUAUGUUUUUAGAGUUUUUUCUAUUUUUUGGUUCAGUAACUGCUUCAAGCGCACGAUUACUUUAUAAAACUCAAAUGUGAGU